CUUCAUUCUCCAAAGCACACUUCCUUUGAAGCCACACGCACUCACCCUCUCAUAAACAGCUAAAUCCCAAAAAUUGUGACCACUUAAUUUUUCCUCUUCUUUCUCACCAACCUUGCUGGUGCUGCUGCUUCUUCAUCUUCUUGAAUCUUGCCUCACCAUGGAUGCUAUUCGAAAGCAGGCCAUUAAACUUAGGGACAACUCCCAAUACAACAACAGAAGGAGCUCAUGACAACUUUAAGAGCACUGGUAGCUGAUCACAAACACUACACAACACCAAAUCAAGAGCCAAAACAAUUUUAAUUUUAAGGUCUCUUAAUUCUCCAAAGCACACUUCCUUUAUCACUUAAAAAAGAAAACCAUGGAGACUCUCUACCUUGUCCUUUGCUUGGCUCCAGUUUUAUUAGCUCUUUACGUCGUAGUUUUCAAAUCUUCCGAUAAGAAUUUGCCACCAGGCAGCAUGGGGUGGCCCAUAAUUGGUGAAACGAUCGAGUUUCUGUUUGGCAACCCCGAAAAUUUUGUGUUCAAGAGAAUGAAAAAGUACUCCCCGGAUAUCUUCAAGACCAAUAUUCUCGGUGAGAAAACCGUCGUGAUUUGUGGGCCCAACGGCCACAAAUUCCUCUUCUCCAAUGAGCAGAAGUACUUCACGGCGUUCCGACCCCACUCCAUGCAACGCAUGUUCCGAUCCUACAAAGAGCCCAAACAGGCCCAAAUUCAACACGGCCGAGAUGAAGAGGCGAAGGUGCUACGCUCCCCGGGCUUCCUGAAGCCCGAGGCCCUGGUCCGUUACCUGGCGAAAAUGGACUCCAUAACCCAAGAACAGAUGAAGGCCCUUUGGGAGGGGAAGGCCCAAGUCCACGCCUACCCUCUAACCAAAACUCUGACGCUGACACUGGCUUGCCGAUUCUUCUUGGGGAUCGAUGAGCCAGAGAGGAUUGCAAGGCUGGUGGAGAACUUCGAUGACGUGACAGUGGGGAUGCAUUCAUUGAUAGUGAACUUUCCAGGGACCAUAUUUUAUAAGGCGACUAAGGCUGCGAAUGCUUUGAGAAAAGAGCUAAAGGGUGUGAUUCAUGAGAAGAAGGAAGCCAUGGCUCAUGGGGAUCCGAUGCAUGACAUACUGAGUCAUAUGAUUGUUGCCACUGACCCUUCUGGGAAGCAUAUGGUUGAGGCUGAGAUUGCUGAUAAGAUCAUGGGUUUGCUCACUGCUGGCUACAGCACUGUUGCCACUGCCAUGGCUUUUUUCAUGAAAUAUGUGGGUGAAAGACCUGAUAUUUACAAAAAGGUUCUCCAAGAGCAAAAGCAGAUUUGGGAAUCGAAAAAGGCAGGAGAAUUAUUGGAAUGGAAUGACAUAAACAAUAUGAAAUACUCAUGGAAUGUGAUUAAUGAAGUUAUGAGGUUCACACCUCCUCUUCAGGGCACUUUCAGAGAAGCUCUUACCGAUUUUACCUAUGCCGGUUAUACCAUUCCCAAGGGCUGGAAGGUAUACUGGACAGUGAGUACAACAAAUAAGAACCCACAAUACUUUCCUGAGCCAGAGAAAUUUUACCCAUCACGAUACGACAACGUAAGUACAUUCCCAGCCUUCACAUUUGUGCCUUUUGGAGGUGGGCCUCGCAUGUGCCCUGGCAAGGAGUACGCUAGACUUGCCAUUCUCACUUUCGUCCACAAUGUGGUGAAGAGAUUUGAGUGGGAACUAGUCAUCCCUAAUGAGAAGAUUGUCGGUGAUAUGAUGCCUACUCCGGAGAAAGGAUUCCCAAUUCGACUUCGAUCACAUUAUUAAUUUUCUUACAAAAAGUUGUAUUCUUUUAGAGUCUUACUUUUUAUAUUCACCAACAAUGUUAAUAAGUGUAGUGGUACAUCAUACACUAUAAUUAAUGAGAAUAACUUUUAAAUAUA